UACUAUUUUGUUUGGGCAUUGGAGGGUAAUUGAGCACACUCUGGAGGUCUUGGGAGGUCAGUCCACUUUUCAGAUGUUUCUCAUACUCCUCCAUUGCACUCUGCAACUGAAAAUCGCGAGCUUGAGGAGGACGACACACAGUUCUUCCAUUAUUUCAUUCCAAUUCAAUCACUGCAAUGGCCACCGAUGAAGAAGCUGCUCCAACUCGCUGGACGUUCCAGGCACUGGAUUUCAGAAGGUUCUACGAUUCCAAAUUCGGGAGAAAGAGGGAGUCGAAGUCCCAGAAUGGUGAGGUCUCUGAUGCGGCUUUGCAAAGUGAGAUUACUUUGGGCGCAACGGCAAAUGGAAAUACGCACGGGCCUGAAUUGGCCAUCUACGAGCAGUUCCGAAUGCAGAGUAGCUCAAGAUCUGCACCUGUUGCUUUAUCCAACCAAAAUACAGUGAUUAUACAAAAGCCUUUGCUUCCUCCAUUUGAAUCUGCAGAAAUGCGUAACUUAGCUGAAAGCAUAUGUAGGGAUAUAAUACGUGGAAAUCCAGAUAUUAAGUGGGAAAGCAUCAAAGGUUUAGAACAUGCCAAAUGCUUACUUAAAGAAGCAGUGGUCAUGCCAAUAAAAUACCCCAAUUACUUUCGGGGUCUCCUAUCUCCAUGGAAAGGGAUCCUCCUCUUUGGUCCUCCUGGAACGGGAAAGACCAUGCUUGCAAAAGCUGUUGCAACAGAGUGCAAGACAACAUUUUUCAAUAUUUCAGCAUCAUCUGUUGUGAGCAAGUGGCGAGGUGACUCGGAGAAAUCCAUCAAGGUCUUAUUUGAGCUUGCCAGGCACCAUGCACCAUCAACUAUAUUUCUUGAUGAAAUUGAUGCAAUCAUUAGUCAUCGUGGUGAAGGACGCAGUGAACAUGAAGCUAGUAGACGUCUGAAAACAGAGUUGCUCGUCCAGAUGGAUGGGUUGAUGCAGACAGAUGAGCUUGUCUUUGUUUUGGCGGCAACGAAUCUCCCCUGGGAACUGGAUGCGGCCAUGCUCCGUCGUUUGGAAAAGAGAAUCCUCGUGCCUCUGCCGGAACCAGAAGCUAGAAGAGCUAUGUUUGAAGAACUUCUUCCUCCUCAACCUGGAGAUGAGGAACUUCCUUACGAUCUAUUGAUGGAGAGAACACAAGGCUAUUCAGGUUCUGAUAUUAGAUUAGUGUGCAAAGAGGCUGCUAUGCAGCCGCUACGUCGCGUAAUGGCUCAACUUGAGAAACAACAAGAAGGGUUGCCCGAAGAACAGCAUGGAGUAGUUCCUGAAGAAGAGUUGCCCAAAAUUGGACCAAUCACAGCUUCCGACAUAGAGAUCUCCUUACGUCACACACGACCAUCUGCUCAUUUGGAUGCUCCACGCUAUGAAAAAUUCAAUGCCGAUUACGGUAGUCAAUUACGGCAUUGAAGCCACACAGGUGCACGACUUUUCCCUCUCAGGCUUCUCGCGUAUGGUGCUUGUUUGGUUUGUGAACUACAAGGAGCAUUUAAUUGUAGUUCAAUGAGUUUAAAUGUGCCAACAAUAUUUGGCUCCUUGUGCUCAUUUGAAUGUCUCAUUAACAUUUGAUUGUUUGUUCUUAGCUGAGAUAUGUGAGAAUAAACUUACCCAUAUUGUUGAAUGUCGAGUCUGGCAGCCUGCGGUUAGCAUAUCCGGGGAGUUAUCAUGAACUUAAUUGUUCUUAGCAAGGGUGGGGAUGGAACCAUUGACGUUAGGGAUAGUAUUAUGUGCCUUAUCUACUUGAGAGCAAUGCUCGGAUUGGAAAAUUGUUCUUGAUAUCGGAUAGAUAUGUUCUUUUUCUGUCAAAUUUAUAUACAGCAACUGAUGUGACAAAUAACUAUUAUGGAUAGAUAUUAAGAUGCAACAGACACAUUGUUCAUAUGCAACAGACACAUUGUUCAUAUGCAACAGACACAUAUUAUGACCAA